AUGAAAUCAGUUUCCUCAGUUUCACUGCGCAGUUGCAACCGUUUUAAAUACCCCCAACCUUUCAAAAUGUCUGACUACCCACCAACUGGUCUCUCCAAGGGCGUCAAAGAACUCCCCGAAUGGAUCCAGAAGGGAUGCGGCAACGAAGAGUACUAUUGCGAAGAAAAAGGCGCUACUUUCCUCGGAGCCGCCGACAAAAUGCCCGACGAGCUCCCCGACCUCUCCGAGCACAACAACUUCUUGACCGACGUUCUUAAGAAGCAGCCCGAGCUUUACAAGAACCUCAAGGACAAGAAGACCAAACUCGGUGUCACCCUCGGCCACUGCAUCAAGACCGGCAUCGACAACAAAGGUCACCCCAUGAUCAAGACUGUCGGUCUCGUCGCCGGAGAUGAAGAGUCCUACGAGCUCUUCGCCGAGCUUUUCGAGCCCGUCAUCUCCGCCCGACACGGUGGCUACCCCAAGGACGCCGUCCACCCCACCGACCUUGAUGUCUCCAAACUCACCGACACCAAGAUCGACCCUACCGGCAAAUACGUGCUUACCAGCCGAUGCCGAACUGGACGAUCCGUCAAAGGCUUCAAGCUCCCCCCAGUCACUGACUUCGAAGAGCGACGAAAACUCGAAGCUCUCGUCGUCAAGGGUCUUCUCUCCAUGGAGGGUGACCUUAAAGGUGACUACUUCCCCCUUCACGGCUCCCAGUCCUACGCUCCCAAGCCCAACGGCAUGAGCCUCGAGAAGGAAGAAGAGCUCCGAACCGCCGGUAACCUUUUCCAGGAACCCGACUCCACCCUCCUCCUUUCCUCCGGCUGCGGCCGACACUGGCCCGAUGCCCGAGGUAUCUUCCACAACGAAGCCUCCAACCUCUUCGUCUGGGUCAACGAAGAGGACCAGAUGCGAAUCGUCUCCAUGGAGAAGGGCGAUGAUAUCAAACGAAUCAUCACCCGAUUCGCCAACGCCACCACCCAGAUCCAGAAGGUCCUCAAGGCUGAAGGCGCUGACUUCAUGCACUCCGAGCACCUCGGCUGGAUCUUGACUUGCCCAUCCAACCUCGGAACUGGUCUCCGAGCUGGUUGCAUGGUCAAAGUUCCACUUUUCUCCGCCCGACCUGACUUCAAGGCUGUCUGCGCCAAGAUGGGUCUCCAGACCCGAGGUACCGCUGGAGUUGACUCCGCCUCCACUGGUGGCACCUGGGACAUCUCCAACGCCGACCGACUUGGCAAGUCCGAAGUCCAGCUCGUCAACAUCUUCAUCGAAGGUGUCGCCCAAAUCAUCCGAUGGGAACAGGCUCUCGAAGCCGGCGAAAACAUUGACGAAGCCGUCGCCAAGGCCGGACUCCCCGCCAAAUUCUAA